UUCAAACUCUCAGAUCAGCAGCUGGUCACAGAUGGAGAUCUGGAGGGAGAGGUCACUAUCGAGGCUGAAAUUAAGUGAAAGGAACGAAGAUACCGCACAAGGUAUACUGGUGCAGUAUUGUUGUUAUUUUUCUACCUAAAUUGUGUUUUUAAAGUUAGUAUUCAGAGGAGACUCGAGCUGAAACGCGCGCAUACGGAAAGCGCAGGAUUAUCAGCGCCACCCUCAGCACCUGCUCCGGACACCGGACCUUCUUCCUCUGUGCUUUUGGGGGCUUUUGACUCUCACCUCACUCACACCCACGCGCGCCGGCGUGCCCGCGCAGGCGCGCACGCGUACACACGCACACAUAGUUUGUCGGGAUUGUAACGCGUGAAAGUGAUUCCGCUUGGAUUUGAGGUGAAUGAAAGUUGUGAGGAGAGCCGCUAACUCUGCGUCACUGUAAACUUUUCCAACUUCCCAGUCUGAACUAGUCGAGCUUAUGAGUGCCGCGUUCGGUUCCUCCUUCGCCAUGAUGCAGCGCCCGGUGGGAAACACCACUGCCUUCAGCAUCGACUCGCUGAUCGGCGGCUCCCAGCAGCCCAGUCCGGGGCACUUCGUGUACACUGGUUACCCCAUGUUCAUGCCCUACCGCUCUGUGGUGCUUCCUCCUCCUCCUCCUCCACCUCCUCCUGGUCUGACACAGGCGCCUCCUCACCAUCAGCUCGCCGCUUUACCGGCCGCUCUCCCCGGCGCGUUCUGCUCCAGUUUGGCGCAGGGCAUGGCGCUCACCUCCACCCUCAUGGCCAGCCUGCCCCAGCACCCGGAAGCGGCCCGGAAGUUUGGUACGCAGGCCCUGCACGCGGCCUUUGACAAAUCUCAUGAGAUCCGACUAGACGCAGAAGACGGUAAAAGUUUCCUGAGCAAAGAAACCGCCGCGCUUCUGCCCUUCCACGAUGAGCCUCUGCAGUCCGCUACAGUACGAGGUCACGGCAAAGACGAUCCCAAAGAAGACGAGUGCGCCAGGAAGGACGAGAGUUUCUCCAUGGACAGCGACCUGGACUACAGUUCGGAUGACAACAUGGCCCCUGCGUCCAGCUCUCUGUGUGCUAAAGACGACGGCGAGGUAAGCGCGGGGCUGGAGGAGAGCGCGCGCUCCGGGAACGGCGCCUCGGGUGGGAAAAACCGGCGGCGGCGGACGGCGUUCACCAGCGAGCAGCUGCUGGAGCUGGAGAAGGAGUUCCACUGCAAGAAGUACCUGUCGCUGACAGAACGCUCGCAGAUCGCGCACGCCUUGAAACUCAGCGAGGUGCAGGUGAAAAUCUGGUUUCAGAACCGCAGGGCGAAGUGGAAGCGCGUCAAGGCGGGCAACGUGAACACCAAGGCGGGGGAGCCGUCCCGGAACCCCAAAAUAGUGGUGCCCAUUCCCGUGCACGUGAGCCGCUUUGCCAUCCGGAGCCAACAUCAGCAGCUGGAGCAAGCAAGGCCGUGACCCGCGCUGAGCUGCGGACUAAAACACACUCAACUCCGACUCGUUUACAAACAUGACUCCAGACGCGGAUAGCUGCGUUUCUCCUCGGCGAGGAGGCAGUGUCGGCUUGUCUGAACGCACGAGACUGCAGAGUUUUGUAGUGAAUAAUGCGGCACAACAGCACUCCUCCAGAAGUGUUACUAUAGAUAGUGUGCUGUUUUAACAUACAGUCUAAUGCGGUUUGGGACGCAGCCCAAGUUCUGGUAGCUGGGCACAGACAAGAGCGCGCGCGCGCGCACGCACACUCACACACACACACACACACAGAUGCCGAGGACCAAACGACGAAUAAACAAAUUCCCUGUAGAUUUCAAGAAUGUGAACUUUCAUUAUGUUUCUCUGUAGUGUUCUCUAUGUGUGUGUGUGUGUGUUUGCUUUUUUUAACAGAGAUGAUAAGGUGAUCUAUUAAACGGAGCACUUUUGCGGCUCUGAUCCACUGAAGCACUGAAUAAAAAACAGUCAUGCCUCCGAGAUUAUGGUCUGUUCUAUUCACACCUGUUUUUAUUGUUUUUAUUUGUUAUAAUUAAUACUCAUUAGUUUUUUCUGCUUUUGGUAUUUUUGUUCUUCAUGGGGGCACGCUGCUAAUUUAUUUGAUAUUGUGGAAAGAGUUGCUAACAUGCGAAGAGUUUAAUGCGUCGAGAUUGUGUGCAUUAAA